GUGCUGAAGAAGCUUCCUUAUUUACCUUUUCAACAUGAUUUAAUAACGUCGUAACGCGUACGGUGUGGUAGGAUGCCACGCCUUCAGCACGUAUCCAGGCUCCAAACACACAAUGGACUCUGUUUUGGAUCUCUCUGGAUGCGUAGAGCCACACCGAAGCGCCUGCUGCAGGUGUCAGUAUCUCGUAGGGAGCUACUCCUAGCCGCGCUUGCGCCCUCUCUACUACAGGAAACGGAGCCCAAUUUUGGCAACUGUCCAACAUGCGUUGGAGUCAUCGACGGCACGCUCGGCAGCUGCGGCGGCUUGCGUUCUUGUUUAUCCAGCUUCGACGACCGUCCAGGGCACUUCGUGGCUCCCUGGAUGUACGACAACAGCACUCGUACGGAAGCUUUGGGGCUGCUGAUCCAGGCGGUGAAGGCACUCGGAGGGGAUGUACGGCAGGUGCAGGAUGGGGCGCCGUACAGCUACGUGUACGCCACGUGGGGGAGCUGGCUGGGCACGGAUGAUGUGGAAUUCUUGUUGCCGACCGGAGAUAGCACGCUGUUCGACUCUUCCGGGCGACGAUGGGCGCAGUGGCCUGGUUCGCUGGUGGCAUCUUCCAUGCAUCGUACAACCAGCGUGCCAUUGUCCACGCUUGCGGCUGGUCUACACAUGAGCCCCAUGAUCACCACCAGUCCGCUGUCAUGCAUGUACGUCGGUGUCCUUCCGGCCGGCCAGGUGGUGCUCCGCUCGUCUUCACGGGUCCAGGGCCUGCCCGACGUGGGUCGCAACGAGCAACGGCUGGAGCAGCUGAGGGUGCUGCUAGGUUGGGAACAGGUUCCCAUUCUGCGCAACCGCCGCCGCGCGCUUUACUUUGUGGAGUCACCUUGGGACACGUUUGGGCCCGUGCCGCCCUUGGAUCCCGAGUACCGGAUUGGAGCUGACCUGGACGCUGCUGAGUAGCUGUGUUGCGAGCAUGAGGCUGUUGAGGCAUGAGGCGCAGCAUGGGGAGGCGCAGCACGUGGGGACCUGCAUCAUGCGGUUGUAUUUAUGUGUAUAGAGCUGUUUGAUGGGAGGCUGAGGGUAGCGUGUGUAUCUACGGUAUGCAUUCCAGUGGCUCGUUACUGUCAUCACGUGCUCAUCCGGGACACGAAUGGGUUGCACUGCUGGUGGGUGUUUCGCACUGAAGUGCUUUACGUGCCUUACAUAGCGUGAACGUUGGGGUGAGGAAUUCUCGAAGGGUUUGCAAAGCCGCCGAGAAAAUGCCGUGGGUGACAACAUUUACUAGUGCAUGUGGAUGCUUCACAGGUUUCUCUUCUGGUAUGGCUUUUGUUGCAGUCUUAGAAACAUGGCCAUCGCCAAGGAGAGGGGCCCAAACCACAGCCCGG